UUGGUUUUAACAGACCAAAAAGACACAUCACAUACCUCUUGUCGCCUGGUAACGUAAAGAUUCUCUGUUCUAGAAUCUUUGAUUUCGAGUUUGAAUCAACUAGUCAGUCAAGUUGAGAGGAAUAUCAAACGUGCUGCUCUUUCAAGAGCGAUGACAGCAAUGGCUCAUUUUCUACCCACAUCGUUGGCGGCCUUUUUCGUGAUUGUGCUGGUCCACUUUUGCAGAGAGUGUCACGCAGCAGUGGAACUUCGUCUGGCGGGCCAACACCUGGAGGUCGUGGACAGUCAGGAUGUGGAGGACAACUCUGUGAACUUCCGUCUGGUGGGCUCCGAGCAGCCCGUGGAGGUGUUGGUCGGCCAUGACGUGGUGCUUCCGUGUUCCGUGCAUCCCCACGUCAGCGCCGUAGACUUCAACGUGGACUGGAUGACCCACACCUACAACGAGCCCACCAACAAGGUCCACACCUACAGGAACGGCAGGGACGAGAACCAGAACCAGAUCGAGGCCUACCGGCACCGGACCGCGCUGUUCCGGGACGAGCUGCGGAACGGCAACCUGUCCCUGAAGCUCAGCGCCGCACGCGUGAUGGACACCAGGUCCUACUUCUGCAUCACGCAGUCCGGGAGUAGACAUCGCUACGCUGUUAUUCCACUUACCGUGCGAGCCAAAGGGUCCAAACCCAACAUCACCAUUGAGGCCUGUGAAGGUGACAGCUGCAAGUUGGUCUGCGAGUCGAUUGGCUGGAGCCCCAAGCCUGCUGUUGAUUGGCUGGAUGAGAAGAGGAUCAGGCUGACCACCGACGCGGCCACGUCCAAGUGGGACCCAGUGGGCGGGACCAGCGUGCGCCGGAGCAUCGUCGUGAAGACCAACGCGGCCUACGUCUGCAGGGUGUCUUACAAAGACCACGUGGAGCAGGCCGAGAUUCACAUCUGAGGUGAUGGUUUCCAUACACAUCGGACCAUGGCAGACCUCUACAUCAUGCCGAUCUCUUAUAGGUCUGUUUGUUUAGCUCUUCUGGUUCCAGUAUUUAUUUUAGUUCUGUUUGUUUAGCUCCUCUGGUUCCAGUGUUUAUUUUAGUUCUGUUUGUUUAGUUCAUGUGGUUCUGAUAUUUGUUUUAGUUCCCUUUGUUUAGAUUCUUCGGUUCCCUCACCUCGAGUGUUGGGUAUUCUAUUUACUCAGACGUGUCAGCAAAACACUGGUGAAGUAGUAAUGUAUUUAAAUCAGAUGGACGGUAUCAUAAAGACCUUGAGUAAAAACACUGGUGAAGUAGUAAUGUAUUUAAAUCAGAUGGACGGUAUCAUAAAGACCUUGAGUAAAAACACUGGUGAAGUAGUAUUUUGUAUUUAAAUCAGAUGGACUGUAUAAUAAAGACCUUGAGUAAAGUAA